AUGGCUGAUUGUUAUCAAACAAUCUUACGUGGUAUUGGUUUACCAACAAAAAUAAUGUAUAUUGCGAAUUUAUGUUCAUAUGAAGUUGACCCAUCACGACGUUUUCAACCUAUUAUUGAUUCACCAUUACAAUUUCCUUUACAAUUAAGAAUAUUAUGUUCAUGUUUAUAUCAAGUUGUGCAACAAUGCUGUAUCAACUGUUAUAUUUCUUCGUUUUUUGAUUCAGUAACAAAUUUUAUUUUAUCAAUAAGUGAACCAAUUAAUAUAAAUACAAUAAUAUCAUCAGAUGAACAACAACAAUUAAUUGAAAAUAAUAAUAAUAAUGAUUCAACAAUUGUUUCACCAACAUAUCCAAUGUCAUAUAUAAGUAGUACUCGUACCAUGAGUUGCUGUCGUCUUUGCAACAUAGAAGAAGUGCGUAGUGUUUGUGUAGUCAAAACAUAA